AUGCAUCGUAACCAUGCUGUUGAAAAUAAUAACUACAGUGUCUUUUUAGAUGCAACGUAUUAUUUUCGUCGCGGACCAGUACCAUCUUAUUAUCGUGUAGAUUUCGACGCAGCUCCGGGAUCAUCCUUGAAUAAUAAGGCUGUUAAGAUUAACUUACCAUCGUCGAAUGUCAAAUUCAGCAGCUUUAUUGGUUCAUGUAAUGGAAUAUUAUGCUUCUGUCGUUUCGAUUAUGUUAAUUCGGUUACACUUUGCUUAUUAUGGAACCCAUCUACUCAAGAAUUUAAGGACAUAGUUCAUAAAGAACCAUAUAGUAUUAAGGAGGUUAUGGCAUAUGGGUUUGGUUACGAUCAUAAGAUUGAUGAUUACAAGUUAAUAUUAAUGUUCCAGUUCAACUUCAAUUCUGAAAUUCAUGUUUACACACUAGGUUCAAGUUCAUGGAAAAUAAUAGGAAAUACUCCUCGUGUACAUCGCGGCACCGGUGCAGAUACGUAUUCGUUGAAGCUUUUGAAUGGAUCUAUGCAUUGGGUAGCAAGAAAGGUUGUAGUUACCGGUGAUCAACAAACAGUAACUAAGGUUAUAGUUUCUUUUGAUAUUGCUGAAGAGAAAACCAAAGAAAUCCAAAUACCAAUUGCAACUUGCUUACUGGUUGAAGAAGAAUACAAGCUCAGAAAUGUAGAACUAGUUGCGCUUGGGAACGAACUUCACCUCUCAGUUGUGUCAGGGAAAGCUUCAGACAUAUUUGAGUUGUGGGUGAUGGAGGAUUACGGUGUUGUAGAUUCGUGGACUAAGCUUUUUAGUAUUUCGAAUAACUGGGGCUGGGGGACGCUGCUAUCGUUCGAUAAGAGCGGCAAGAUCCUCCUUUUCACCGGUCAUUGUUCACAAGGUAACCAGGUUAAGAAGACUUUAGUCUCUUAUGACUUGAGAUAUGGAAGAUCCACAUUUUUGAAUAUCGAUGAUAUGCCGGGAAGGUUUACUGCUGAAACUUUUAUUGGAAAUCUAGUUUCCCUCAACUCGGCCAGGUGA